CAUAUAUAUACUUAUAUAUAUUUUUUGAUAAGCCAACAACAACAACAACAACAACAACAAGAACAAAAACAAGAACAAGCAAUGCACAAUGUAUGUAUUCCCUAGCCUAAGUUGAGUCUGCGAAUUGCUUUUGUAUGAUUUUGUUAGUUCAUAUAUACGUAUAUAUGCAUUUGAAGAUUGUUAUACCAAUGAAAAAUUUACUUUUGAUGGUUUCAAUGAGGUUUAUUUCAAACAACGUUUUGUACAUGUCACUCGGUUGAAGCUUAAGCAAGUAAUCCAAAGUACAAUCAUUUUUGUCAAUACAGACACAAAACGGUAAGAAAACGAAUGAAGUCAAAUAUUCUAGAUACUACACUAAAGCAACCUAAGCGAAACUGUUAGAGAGGAUAGCCACAUCAUAUUAGUCAUAUAUACAGGGACAGACAAGAAGAAGAACAACAACAACAACUACCACAUAAACAAACAAAUUUUGCUAAGAAUUUUAACGUUUAUUUUUCCAAAGACACGCUUUAUAAAACCGAAAGUGAAAGAAGAUAAGAAUUGCUUAAAGUGAGGUUAGAAACACUAAAAGUAAGGUUAGAGCUGACAGAGAUAGCAUAAGAAUAGUUGUGCUUAGAAUUGAAUCGGCUAAAGUGAGAUGAGAUAGUCUCACGAGAAAUUGUUUGUUAGAAAGGGAGAAAGUGAGGUUAAACCAGCAAACAGUCCGCUUAAACUGCCCAAGAAGUGAGGCUAGCUCAACACUCAGGUCAGGCAGCCACUCGAUUCAGUUAAGUCUAGCUUAGUUUACAACUGCCAAGUAUUGCAAAUUAGGAAGGCGCAGCGCAAAUCGAUGCUAGAUCUAAGCUAAGCGAAACUAGAAACCGAAUGUUAGUUAAGCGUAAGCCAUAGAGUAAAUCCAGAGCCUGUAUACCUAAGCAGUAAGCAACAUGUAUGCAGCUGCUGGCGGCGCCUCCUUGGCCUCGCGCCAGGCGCGCCAGCGCCAGCGACAGCAGAAGAAGAACCAACAGCUACAAGCGAAACUACAUCCACCGAAACCAGCUGGAGCCGUCGUCGGCCUCGGCGCCGCUGAUCAUGGCGGCGCCUCGACGCCGACGCGCAGCCAGUCGCGGCAAUUCCACCAGCUGCCCACCAGCUACUUGCGGGCGCCGCAGCAGCCGCAGGGCCGCAAGCUCAGCGCCACCUACACGCAGUCCCGCUCCCUGCUGCCCAUCGAGGAGGGGACGGGCGGCUCCGACACGCAGUCGGUGCUCCAGCUGCGCAUGCACUCGCACUCGCACGCGCACUCACACUCGCACAUGCCCGGGCACGCCCACGGCCACGCCCAGGGGCUGCAGGGCCACGGGCACAGCCAUCUGCACCACGGUCACGGGGGUCCCGUGCAGACGCCCUAUCAGCAGUUCGCCUCAUCACACGGACGCGUCUCACCGAAGCUCGUGCACCGGCACAGCGGCAGCAGCGCUGGCUUCCCCCCCGGAGCAGCAGCAGAGGGACAGCUGCACAAGUCGGCAACGGCGACGCUGCCGCUGGUGUCCCAAAUGGAGGAGACCCCGCUAGCUACUCCUGCGUUGCCAUCGGCUGCGGUCGGCGUUAAAACGACGGCGAUGUCGAUGCUGGAGACAGACGCCACGCCCAGCACCUCAGCGGCGGCGGCCGCCGCCGAAGCCGCCGUCUCCGAGCCCCAAUUGGAGCUGGCCGGCGCGGCGGCCAUGUUUGUAGCUCACCAUGAUGCGAUCAUUGUAACGCCGGCCACGCCCAUGGCCUCGCCCGGGCACGCCGCCGCAGCGGCAGCAGCCGCAGUGAAGCUGCGGCGAGCCGACGACGACGACGAGCCCAACGACUCGGCCGAGCGCCAGCCCCUCACAGCCUACGACGAGGACGAGGCCAUGCAGCCGCCCAGCGGCCCCUUGGAGCGCAAGUGCAGCGUCUAUCGCAUGCGUCGCAGCGACGCCUUCGAGCAGGGCGACCUCGGCGUCACCAGCGGCCUCAAGCGGCAGCUGCGCGAACUCCAGUUCCAGCAAACCCAAUACGAGCCCCUCGUCAGCGAUGAGCCCCAGCUGCUCUUCAAGGGCCGCAAGUUCCAGCUGUGCGCCUACUGCGAGGAGGGCAUCUGCGUCUGCGAGCACAUCGAGUGCGCUCAGGGACGGGCCGCCUGGCUGGAGCGCGGCCGUCGCUGCAGCGUCCAGGAGCAGCAACAGCAACAGGCCACCUGCCAUCGACGCUGGGUGAAGCGCAAUCGAAUCCAAGAUGCCUCAUUGGGCGGUUCGUCGGACGAUGAGGACUUUCUGGGUGUACUACGUGGACCCAGUACCUUCGCGAAUGCCUUUCUCUAUGUGGGCCUGGGCACCGUUGCCUUGGGUCUGGUCAUCGCAUUCGUCGGCACCGGCGAGAAGGGUUUUAAAACAGUGGAACUAAGACUUAUAGGGCCCUCUCUAAUAGGUUUGGGUCUGAUCUGUUGCAUUUUACGCAUUCUCUUCUGCAUCUGCCCAUCCCACUGCAUCUCAUCCAGCAAGAAGGCCCGCAAGAAAAAUGGUAACAAGAUCGAUGCGGAUCACACGACCUCCCUGCUCCGCAACGAGAGCAAACGCGUGUCCAUAGCGCGUGGACCCUCUAUUCAGCCAAAGUAUCCAAUUGCACACAAACGCAGCCAGAGCAAGAUGCUCAAUGAGGGAAUGGAGGCACUGCGUCAAAUCGCCACCACAUCGCUCUUCAUGCAGAACGAACAGAAGACGGCCAUAAACCGCGUAGUGCCCAUUAUAAACGAGCCGGAGAGCAUGGAUCAUAUGGGAGAUGCGCCGCUCGAGAUGAAGAAGUUGCAAAAGGCGCUGAAUAUGUGCGAGAUGAGCGACGAGGAGCAGGAGGAACAUGUGCAGCAGUCUGCUAAACGUACAGUCGCAGCAGCUGCAGCAGCCACAGGAACCACAGCAUCAACAACAAAAACUGCCGUUACGAGUAGUACCACCAAAGCAACAAAAGCAACAGCCCUGAGCACCGUGGACGAGCGACCCAAUAGCAAAUUGUCGCGCCAACGCGUUGCCCUGCAACAGCAACGCCAGCAGUCGCAGCAACAGUUGCAACUGCAACAGCAGCAGCAGCAACAGCAGGAGCUGCAGCACCCACAAUUGGAACAAUCGCAGUCAUUGUCCUCCUCGUCUACUGUCCGAGACUCGCUCGAUGGCGUCGUCGUUGUGGAGGAGACCUCGCUUAUGGACACGGCCACGCCUACAGUGGCAGCUAAGCCUCUGCCGCCGCCCACAGCACUGCCCAGCAGCAGCAGCAGCGGCGCCAUACCCCGGCUCAAAAGCUCAACGGCAACAUUCAGUGCGGCUCGACCGGGCAUCUCGACGGGCGCCACGCCCAAAACAACGCCCACCACCAGCAACACAAGCAACAGCAACAGCUACAUGACACGCCUCACCAGCUCCCAGUCGCAGCCGAUGAGCUACGAUCUGCCCCCAGCGCUACCGCACACCUAUUCCGCGACAGCCACGGUGCGUGGUCCUCUGGGCAUGACUCUAACUGGCACCAGCAGCGCCUAUGGCUCGCCUGCCAGCCGCACCACUGCGACCACGACGACGAUCAGUUUGCUGCCCCUGCCAGCACCGCCAUCAGCUGCAGCAGCAGCGGCAACAUCAGCAGCAUCAGCAACAGAAGCAGCAACAACCAGCAUACCCGGCCAGGUGCUGGAGCCCCAGUCAAGGAUGGCCACAACAAGUCUGAGCAUAUUGCAGCCAUUGCACAGGCCAGUGACGGCCCACUCGUCAACAGCAGCAGCACGAGCAGGAGCAGCAGCAGCAGCAGGAGCCGGAGCAGCAGCUAGAGCGACGUCAGCGGGUCACAAAUCACAGCCGUCAUCCGACAGCCUCACAGUAGGGCGUAGCAAUCAGCUGCUGCUGCUGCCCAGCAAACUGGAGCCGGAGCUAGUGCUCAGUCCCUCAAAGCUGGGCCAGUAAAACAAAAUAUUAGUUAUGAUUUAGUUAGGAUUUCAUGCAGCCACAAAUAAGCUAUAUAUAUGUACAUAUAUAUAGUUCGGUAUGCCUGUGAGUGUGCGUGUGUGUGUAUGUGCGCGAGUCCGAGUGCGAGUGUGUGCGGGUGUGUGUGUGUGUGUGUGUGUGCGUAUCUGUAGCUACCUAGCACUCUAUUUUGAAUGUGCCACAACAAAACUGAAUGGAAAUACCAGAAUAUGCCCUAUAAACGCCCAUCAGUCAUGCUCCGAUUGGCAAGAUCCUUCAGCUAUAUAUACAUAUACAUGUAUGUACGUAUAGUAUUUCUAAAUACAAGAAACAAUCUCUUGUCUACUUUCCGAACGCAAUUUAUGAUAUACCCAGAUCUUUCGGCUUCUCUAAAUAUCCCUGUAUUUCCGAGCGUGACUGAAGCCCUUACAAGAAGCUUUCAGUGUCUAUUUUUCAAUUAUAAAUGUAUAUAUCUAUAUAUUCUGGCAAUAUAUUUUUUCAAUUUCUGUAUGGGAAGUGCUCAGCAAAUGAUAAAUUUUCCAAAUUGACAUUUCGCGCGCUGUCUAAAAUCUAAAACCUUAAUUAGCCAGUUCAGGGUAUUAUAAAGUUUGUAUACCAAACAUAUCGUUACAAAAAAUAUACAACAAAUAAUAGAAAAUAUUUAUAAACAAUAAUUAAUAUCGAAACGAAAUGAAAUGAAAUUGAUAGCAAACAAAAAAAAAAAAAAAAAAGGAAAGCCGUCGUCCAGUUGAUCAACUAACAUAAUAUUCAUACAGAAAUAGGUAAUUCUUCGUGCAUGGCCGUGUAGAAGCGAACAUUAUAUACAAAUAUAUACAUAUGUGUAUAUAACAUAUGCAUAUGUACAUAUGUGAAACUAAUUAGAUUUGUAUGCAACCCGAAAUUGAAUGUCGAUGUAGUUGAAUGCAGCGGAUGAAACUCGUUUAACAUUAACAUACAUUUAUAACAAAAGGCCCAGAUCUAACAGAGAUGUAAGAAAUGCAUAUGUGUCGGAUUAUGUUAAAUGGUAGCUCUUAAGCAAUACCACUGUUGUCUGGUUAGUGGCAAUACAGUCAGUUGUCUGUCUGCAAGCAGAUACAAGUUUUUAAUCUGCUUAAUCGCAAUGCAAUAAUUAAAAAUUUAAGAAAUUUUUUAUGUUUAUUACAUAUACUCUAUUUUAUGAUAAUUUCUUUUUCACUUCUUAAGGCAAUUUUUUAAGAGCAUCAACUAAUGCAACUUUUAAACAAUAAAUCCGAAAGUAAUCAAGAUUAGGAAUCAUCAAUUGUACCCAACAAUCGGAUAUAAAAGAAAAUGUAAGAGCAAAGCAAAAGCUAUGAAUAUGGGCAAAUAAUAAAAGCAAAACCUGUAAAACGAAAGAGAGAAACGCAACAGAUGAAACUAUUAGAGAACUAUAAUGAAAAGAAUAUAUGAAUUAGUAUGUAUGUCAGUAAAUGUAUGUGCAGAAUAAAAACAAAAUACCUAA